AUGGUGCACUCGACGGCAGAUGAGAGCUCACUUCCUUCGGGGCGCAACUCACCCAAACCCCAACCGGCGCGAAUAUGGAGCCUGAGCGAACCUCCCUUCGAAGGCGUGCGCCCCGUCGACUCUCAAGGCUACCGGCAAAGCACUCCCGACACCGCGAUAGUCAUCGAUAAUGGUUCUUCUGCAGUUCGCGCCGGAUGGUCUUUCGACCAGAAUCCGCGCGUAUCUCUCCCUCCGCUUAUGGCUCGCUAUCGAGAUCGCAAGCUCAACCGCACGUUCAUGUUCUGCGGAUCAGACAUCUACGCCGAUGGCACAGCGCGAGGGCAAGCGAAGAACGCAUAUGAGCCGGGCAGCAAUAUUGUGAACAACUGGGACGUUAUUGAGGGCGUACUGGACUAUGUCUUCAUCAAACUUGGGAUAGAUGGUUCUGCUGGUAGAAUCGACCGGCCGGUAGUUAUGACCGAGCCAGUCGCCAAUCUGGGCUACGCACGCAAGACUAUGUCUGAGAUUCUCUUUGAGCUUUAUGGCGCCCCCUCAGUAGCCUACGGCAUCGACUCGCUCUUUUCCUACAGUUAUAACGGUGGCCGCAACGGUCUGGUUAUAUCGUCCUCGUACAUGUCCACACACGUUAUUCCGGUUGCUGAGCGGAAACCAAUGCUCUCCCAUGCGACUCGACUGAACUGGGGUCGCUUCCAAAGCGCCGAAUAUCUACAGAGGCUCCUCCGGCUCAAGUAUCCAAGCUUUCCAGGGAAGAUAAGCGACACUCAGGCCGAAGAUCUUGUGCGCGAGCACUGCUACAUCUCGCAAGAUUACGAAUCGGAGAUCAACAAGUACCUAGAUUGGACCGGGCUAGAAGACCGAGAUCAUGUCAUACAGUGCCCGUUCACGGAGCAAGUAGUGGUGCAGAAGAGCGAGGAAGAGCUAGCCAGGGCGGCAGAGAAGCGCAAAGAGGGCGGCCGACGACUCCAAGAGCAAGCUGCAAAGAUGAGACUCGAGAAGCUGAUCCGGAAGGAACAGGAGCUAGAGUACUACAAGAGCUUACAGGAGGGUUUGGUAGAUCUUCCCAAGAAGGAAGUGAAGCGCCGACUUGAUGCCGAUGAUUUCGAUGACGAGGGGCAGCUUGAUAGGAGAAUUAAGGACAUGGAGAAGUCCAUCCGCAAGGCGAGAAACAAGGACGUGGGUGAUGCAGUGGAGGAAGAAAUAGAGACACCAACUUUCCCUUUGCUUGAUGUCCCGGACGAGCAGCUAGAUGAAGAGGGGCUGCGACAGAAACGCGGGCAGCGACUUAUGAAAUCAAACUACGACGCCCGAGCUCGUGCAAAGGCCGAAAAGGAGCGCGAGAAAGCAAGGGUAGCGGAAGAGGAGCGGCUAGACAAUGAGCGCCGGGAAACCGAUCUGAGUGGCUGGGUCGAGGAGCGCAGGAUUGCUCGUCAGGCCAUCAUUCAGAAGAUCAAGGACCGAGAGCGUUUGAAGGCAGACUUGGGAAACAGGAAGUCACUGGCAAAUCAAUCACGAAUGAAGGCGAUCGCCAACCUGGCUUCAGACGACAAGACGAAGAAGCGUCGCCGUGGUGGCGACGAUGACAAUUUUGGCGCUGAUGAUGCCGACUGGGGCGUUUAUCGAACAAUUGCUACUGGUGAGCAGAGUGACGAGGAAGAGGAAGAGGACCUCAGCGCCAACCUAAAGAACAUCGAAGCGCAGCUCCUCAAGCACGAUCCAAACUUCACGGAACAGAGCACGCGAGAAGCGCAGACGGAUUGGACGAAGAGCUUAAUGCACGCCUUUCUCCAUGGACCGUGGCCUUUUGACCCAGAGAGCCAGCGCGACUUGCAUCAGGUACACCUCAACGUCGAGCGGAUACGCGUGCCGGAGGUCGUCUUCCAGCCCUCAAUCGCCGGGAUCGACCAGGCAGGUAUCGUCGAAAUCGCUGCAGGUAUCCUGACCGAACGGUUAGCCGACUCACCACAUCGGUCGGAAAUCUUGAAGGACAUUUUCUUGACCGGCGGCAAUACACUGUUCCGGGGCUUCGAGGAUCGGCUUCGGAGCGAGUUACGCGCGGUUCUACCGGCUGAUUCGCCGCUAGGUAUCAGAAGAGCAAACCAUCCAGGGCUGGAUGCUUGGAAAGGUGCUGCGUGGUGGUCGAGCCAGCCAGCGUCGAGAGAUGCAUUCAUCACCAGAGCUGAUUUCGAGGAGAAGGGGCACGACUACAUCAAGGAACAUGAUCUCGGUAACUCAUAUACGUAA